AUGCCCCCCAUUCGUCCCCGAUCCUCACGCAAACCCCCGCCCCAGGGUUUCGAAGAUAUCGAAGACACCCUCCUCGAAUACGGAAAUAAAAUGCGCGAUGCCCAAAACGCCUCUCACGAAGGUAAAAAGAAACAUGAAACCCUCUGGCCCAUCUUUCAAAUCUCCCACGCCCGUUCCCGCUACGUCUACGACCUCUACUACACCCGCAAAGCCAUCUCGAAACAGUUAUACGAGUGGUUAUUGAAGAACGGGUACGCAGACGCCAAUUUGAUCGCCAAAUGGAAGAAGCAAGGGGUUCCCAAAGCGCAGUUGAAAAAGGGAGACGGGAACGGAACUGAUGGGGGAGGCGUGCAGUGUGUUAAUUGCGGGUGUCGAGGAUGUUCGAGCAGUGAUUGA